CCCCUUCUCCUUCCCCCCACCUUCUCCGCUGCCCACCUCCACCGCAGCCUCCAUCACCACGUCCCUAAUUUUCCCCUCCCAGGCUGUGUACCUUCUCUCCUCCUCCGCCCUCUCUAGAGGAGUCCCUUCUCCCUGAAGUAGCUGGCGUGGACAUUGCUGGACAGCGGAACUGGUCCAGCCAUGGCGACUCCCUCUGCCGCCUUUGAGGCCCUGAUGAACGGAGUGACAAGCUGGGACGUCCCCGAAGACGCCAUCCCCUGUGAACUGCUCCUCAUCGGCGAGGCCUCCUUCCCGGUGAUGGUGAAUGACAUGGGCCAGGUCCUCAUCGCCGGCUCCUCCUACGGCCGAGGCCGCCUGGUGGUGGUGUCGCACGAGGACUACCUGGUGGAAGCCCAGCUCACUUCGUUUCUCCUCAAUGCCGUGGGCUGGCUUUGCUCUUCCCCUGGCGCACCCGUUGGCGUACACCCCUCCCUGGCACCUCUGGCCAAAAUCCUCGAGGGCGCGGGCGUGGAGGCAAAGGUCGAGCCGGAAGUGAAAGAGUCCCUGGGGGUUUACUGCAUUGAUGCCUACAACGAGACCAUGACCGAAAAGUUGGUCACGUUCAUGAAGCGUGGAGGAGGCUUGCUGGUCGGAGGCCAAGCCUGGGACUGGGCCCACCAGGGCGAUGAUGAGAGGGUUCUCUUCACCUUCCCUGGGAACCUCGUGACCAGCGUGGCCGGCGUGUACUUCACCGACAACAAAGGGGACACGAGUCUCUUUAAAGUCUCCAAGAAGAUGCCCAAGAUCCCGGUCUUAGUGAGUUGCGAGGAUGAUCUCUCCGAGGACAGAGAUGAGCUCCUGCACGGGAUCUCCGAGCUGGACAUCAGCAACUCGGACUGUUUCCCAUCCCAGCUGCUCGUGCACGGCGCUUUAGCCUUUCCCCUGGGGCUCGAUUCCUACCACGGCUGUGUCAUAGCGGCGGCGCGCUACGGCCGGGGCCGGGUGGUGGUGACCGGCCACAAGGUCCUAUUCACUGUCGGCAAACUGGGCCCCUUCCUGCUCAAUGCCGUCCGCUGGCUGGACGGGGGCCGCAGAGGCAAGAUCGUGGUGCAGACGGAACUGAGGACUCUGAGCGGGCUGCUCGCGGUCGGGGGCAUAGACACCAGCAUUGAGCCCAAUCUGACCAGCGAUGCGAGCGUCUAUUGCUUCGAGCCCGUGAGUGAUGUGGGGGUCAAGGAGCUGCAGGAGUUUGUGGCGGAGGGCGGGGGCCUGUUCGUUGGCGCCCAGGCCUGGUGGUGGGCCUUCAAGAACCCGGGAGUGUCCCCUCUGGCUCGGUUCCCGGGAAACCUCCUCCUGAACCCCUUUGGCAUCAGCAUCACCAGCCAAAGCCUCAAUCCCGGGCCCUUCCGUACCCCUAAGGCAGGGAUAAGGACCUAUCACUUCCGCUCCACCCUGGCCGAGUUCCAGGUGAUCAUGGGCCGGAAGAGAGGGAACGUGGAGAAGGGCUGGCUGGCAAAGCUAGGACCGGAUGGUGCAGCUUUCCUGCAGAUCCCUGCGGAAGACAUCCCCGCCUACAUGUCAGUGCACCGGCUCCUGCGGAAGCUGCUCAGUCGCUACCGGCUGCCGGUAGCCACCCGAGAGAACCCCGUCAUCAAUGACUGCUGCAGGGGUGCCAUGCUCUCCCUGGCCACUGGGCUGGCCCACUCCGGAAGUGACCUCUCUCUCUUGGUCCCGGAAAUUGAAGAUAUGUACAGCAGCCCCUAUCUGCGUCCCUCGGAAUCUCCCAUCACGGUGGAGGUCAACUGCAACAAUCCAGGCACCAGGUAUUGCUGGAUGAGUACUGGGCUCUACAUACCUGGAAGGCAAAUUAUAGAGGUCUCGCUGCCUGAAGCGGCUGCCUCUGCUGACCUAAAGGUUCAGAUCGGCUGCCACACCGACGACCUGACCCGGGCCAGCAAGCUGUUCCGAGGCCCCCUCGUGAUUAACCGCUGCUGCCUGGACAAGGCCACGAAGUCCAUCACCUGCCUCUGGGGGGGGCUUCUCUACAUCAUCGUGCCUCAGAGCAGCAAGCUGGGCACUGUGCCCAUCACGGUUAAGGGGGCUGUGCACGCUCCCUACUACAAGCUGGGAGAGACAUCCCAGGAGGAGUGGAAGAGGCGGGUCCAGGAGAACCCAGGUCCCUGGGGAGAGCUGGCUACAGACAACAUCAUCCUGACCGUGCCAGCCGCCAACCUUCGCGCCCUGGAGAACCCUGAGCCUCUGCUCCGCCUCUGGGACGAAGUGAUGCAGGCUGUGGCCCGGCUGGGAGCUGAGCCCUUUCCCCUGCGGCUGCCUCAGAGGAUCGUCGCCGACGUGCAGAUCUCAGUUGGCUGGAUGCAUGCAGGCUACCCCAUCAUGUGCCACCUGGAGUCGGUGCAGGAGCUCAUCAAUGAGAAACUCAUCAGAACCAAGGGGCUGUGGGGCCCUGUGCACGAGCUCGGCCGCAACCAGCAACGGCAGGAGUGGGAGUUCCCGCCACACACCACCGAGGCCACCUGCAACCUGUGGUGUGUCUACGUGCACGAGACGGUCCUGGGCAUCCCUCGUGGACGUGCCAAUAUUGCUCUGUGGCCCCCAGUUCGGGAGAAGAGAGUCAGAAUCUACCUGGGCAAGGGUCCCAAUGUGAAAAACUGGAACGCGUGGACGGCGCUGGAAACAUACUUACAGCUCCAGGAGGCCUUCGGGUGGGAGCCAUUCAUCCGUCUCUUCACCGAGUACAGGAACCAGACCAACCUGCCCACCGACAACGUCGACAAGAUGAACCUGUGGGUGAAGAUGUUCUCCCACCAAGUGCAGAAGAACCUGGCCCCGUUCUUCGAGGCCUGGGCCUGGCCGAUCCAGAAGGAGGUGGCGACCAGCCUGGCCUAUCUGCCUGAAUGGAAGGAAAAUAUUAUGAAAUUGUACCUCCUCACACAGAUGUAAGGAGUGCCCAGCGAGGUGGCAGGCCCCACUGAAACCGAAGACAAGAAACGUCAAAGAGAAUCGACACAUCUCAGCAAAGAAGAACGGAAGGAUUUGGUUCUAAGUGAAGAAGAUCUCAGCAAAUGUGUGGAAGAGAGAAAGUGGGAGAAACGACGACGAAAGAGUGCAGCUGCUUUCGGACAGGACAUAAGCAGAUCGGAACAGCCUAACCCCAGAGAAAUGUGGGCGUCUGAAAAAUCCAUCAGUUGUGAACCUGAACCCCAUCCCGUCUACCGCAACCUUUGUGCGCAGAACACAGGCAAUCUCCUCUUAGUUUCAGUGAUAAAAGUGUAUUGUUCUUGUUGUGUUUGUAUAAAGGAAGUAAAUAAACUGCCUGAGGAGAGGUAGAAGUUGGUGCUCCAAAAGAAAAUUUCUCUUUUUUGUGGAAAUAAGUGACCCCUUAACCUACUAGCUAAUUCUCUCCUGGCAGUUGAGGUCCCGACCGAAGUAUCCAAGUGCUUUCAGUUGUAGCGAGGCUUAGGGGAGCAGCAGACCCGCUACACAAUGACAGAGGGGACUCACAGCCAUGCUGUAAAAAUCACCCGUUUUAUGGAUUCUUCAAUGCGAAUUGUCAGCCAGAACUUCUCGGACAUUGAGCCUUGGGAGUAGGGGUUGGGGGGAGGGACCAGGAGAGAAGCAUGGAAGAAAGACAGCCAGUUAGAAUCAGGAGAUGUGAAAAACACAGCAAACUCUGGGGGACACAGAGUUACCAUGGGAAAAAAUAAAAAUUAGGUCUGAGAUGUCUUUGUAAGGUAAAAACAGGAUGCUACAAA